CGAGCCACGAAACUCCUCCUCGGCUCAUAAGCCUGAUCUCACAAACUUAAAUUCUACACCUAUCGUCUUUUUUUUCCCCUUAAUUGAUCUCUCUUCAAUAUCUCAUUUUGAUAUGGAGUAUUCACUUUCCCCACCGUUCACCGAGGCGCAGAGGUGUUUGGUUGCGUCGGAGAUGACCGCCGACGAUGUGGGUUUGAAUGACUUUGUAGAACAGGAAGAGAGUUCAAUUAUGGAAUCCCCAAAAGGAGAAUCAUCAGAAUGGACAAAUGAGAAGCAUAGUUUGUACCUAAAGUCAAUGGAAGCUUCUUUUGUUGAUCAGUUAUAUAAUUCUUUCAAUAUGCGAAGUUCGCAAACUCAAAACCAGUGCUCGUCAGAUUCAUUGUCAUCUAGGAGAAAUCAUGCCAACACCCGUUAUCCUUCUGGACAGUUUAAGGUUCAACAGCAUGGCUUAUGGUCAAGGAUUGAUUUCAAGAGAGAAAACAUGGUGCUUAAGGAAGCAGAUGUUUCUUUGGGCAAUCAAUGGAUCCAACAUUUUACAAACGGAAGCAGGCACGAAGCUGCCCAAACCCUUCCACCCCAGGAGAAACCAUCAUCAACUGCAAAGUCACAGCAAUUUCCGGUAUCUGACUCACAAUUGUGCUGUCAACAUACAAGUGGCAGUGAUACAGAGGUGAUAGAUCAGAACUUUGUUGAAGAUUCUGCGGUAGAGAAAGUGAACACACCGUGCAGCAAAAAGAGGAAGAGUAGUACAGUUUCUGAAUCAGGCAAUGGUCAGGCUGCUUCCUUUUGGCACUUCUCCAGUCACAGGAAUCGCUGAUCACCAUAUUUCUCCAAAAAAGCAAGGCCUCGUAUGGUUUCAUGUAGCAUAACCGUGACUGGCAAUAAGGGAAAACGGAUGGCUUGGUUACAAUCUUUAACCAUAUAUAAAUUAUACCUUAGAUAACGUAGCUAGUAUUAUUUAGGACUCCUUAGACAACAUGAUGUUGCUAUAGAAUCUUAUGAAAGAAUGGCCUCAAUGGGGUAUUAGAAAAUGGUGUCACAUGACUUACUAAGGUGUACAAGUUUGUGAUGUCAAUGAUGCAUACAGAAGUUGCAGAUGCUAUGAAUAUUAUCGGCAACACAAGGGUGUUGAAGUCGAUGAAUUCGUUAACCAUUGGUAUGCUUGUUUUCCAUUUU